UCCCAAAAUAAUAAAUUGACUCUUAAAUUUACGACUACAACAAAAAAUCUACCCUCUUUUCAAUAAAAAAUCUGUGCCUUUGUUUUUUUUUUAAGUGUGUGUACGUCUUAACUUGUAUACCUUUAAAAAAUCGGAAAGGGAAAUCAAAUGAUAAAACCUUUUAAAUUAAAAUCGAAAUAAAACAAUGAAGUCUAUGAAAUAGAAAGAUACCAAUUUAAUUCUCGUGUGUUCUGUUCUUCUUAUACAAUACCUAGAAAACCAAUUCUUCAAAAGCAGAUUAAGUUAAAUAAGUUUUAAGAAAAGGACUUUCAUUUUUUGUGUGCUUUCGUUUUGUUUGUCUAAAGAUGACCCACAAAAAGAUUUAUCAUCAUCAUUCUUAUUCGGGGAAAGCUUUCAUCCUGUUGUUGUUGAUGCUCCUUCAGCUACACACGAUAACAAUGCUUAAAGUUGUUGUUGUCAACUCAUCAUCCGAAUUUGAAGAUGCCAAAUCUGAAUCGUUAUCGACGAUAAGUGGUAGUAGUUGGAGUAGCAGCAGUGAUGGAGGAAGAAGCUCCUCCAGUGAGGGAGAAUUCUUGUCAAAGGAAAUAGCGGCUCCCUUGUUGACAUUUACGUUAAGAACCGGGAACAACAAUGGUUCAUUGGAGCAAUCGAAUCAUCCGGACGACGACGAUGACGACGACAACUACAACGACGAGGAGGAUAACAAUGCUGGCAUUUACAAAGCAAAAGUGGGAACAGACGAAAGACGGGAAGAUGAACUCCAUGAAUUCUAUUCGAAUAAGGAUAAUGAGGGCGAUAACAAUGACAGUAAUGUUUCAUCUGAGUCCGAUUCCGAUACUGGUUAUGGUUAUGGUAAAGGACUUGGUCGUCGAUAUCGAAGAGAUGCUGUAGUUCAAGGAGACGGUUUUGGUAGUCCAUCAUCAGAAUCACCAUCACCCUUACCAUCGCCGCCGCCAGGAGGAGAAGCAAGCAAAGCUAUUUCGACUAAUUGGGGUACUUAUGAGGAACAAGCACCAGUUGUUGUUCAUUCGGGGAGUCGUUCUUCGAUUGACGAAAGCGAUGCUAACUCUGUUGACGGUGUUGGUCGUAUGGCAACAGAUGCCGAUUCCAAUGCCAAUGCCUAUACCUUUACCCAGAACGAUGAUCAUGACCAUUAUGACGAUGAUGAUUCAUAUGCGUAUGGUGAUGAAUAUCAAUCGAAAGAGAACGAAAAUGAAUCCAGUGAAUAUGAUGGAGAGAACCCUAUAACGUAUGAUGAUGAUGAUGAUUACGAACAUGAAGGUGGACAUUUUGAGGGAAGACAAUUUUAUCCUAGUCAAGGAGUAGCUGCUGACGACGACAAUGUGCACGUGGAACAUGAACCCAGUGGUUAUUAUCGACAAAAGUAUUAUGCAACAGCUAGACCUUUAAGUCAGCAACAGCAAGGAAAGGAGCCAUCACAACAACAACAACGCCCAGGAUAUAGACGUCCUGGAAACCGUAAUCGAUUUGGACAGCAACGCCCUAACAAUUACCCUCGACCAUCCCAACAGGUAAAAGAAAACAAUGAAAACGACGAAGAAGAAUCAACUGGAAGUAGUCUCAUGGGUUUCUUUCAAAAAGCCAAAACAUUUUAUGAUAUUUUCCAAGCAAUGAAUUCGGCAUGGAAAACAGUCGAACAACACUAUCGUAAAACAUCAUCAGGCAAAGGCGUAUUCCCCGAAGAUUACAAAUACCUGAACCAAUCUACACAAACUGCUCCCAAUACGGCAAACCAAUCUGUAAACAACAAAACAAACAAGAUGAACACUAAAAGACUAAGAACUACCAGAGUACCAAUUAUUGUACCCACGUCAAAGGAACAUGACCAUAAACAACAACAACAACAAAGAGAAGAUGAUGAUGAACAACAAGAGCAACAGCAACAGGAUACGUGGCAGGAAAAGGAAGAAUACCGUUCACGUCGUUCAUGGUUGAAAGAGACUGUUAAUGACAGCAAGGAGUCAACAUACAACAUGGAGGAAGAUAAUUCCGACUUCCAAAUUACUGAAUCAGAUUCGGGAACAGAUUCAUCCUCCGCAUCUACAUCAACAUCCUCAUUCACAUCCACGCCAACAUCCUCUUCGUCAUCAUCGACCGCAAUUGCGGAAGGACGCUACAUUAAGGGUGACCCCCUUAAAGGUUACUAUGAUUUUGUAAUAACCGAGGGUUCCUAUAAAUUCUGGGCCGUAUUUCAGGUUGGAACGGCUCUUUUAAUUAUUUAUUCAACAUUUGCGGCAAUUUAUUACUCGAAAGUUAAUCCCUUGGUAAGCGACUACGACUAUGUCGACUAUCUCGGUGGUGGACGUUCCCUGUCGGACGAUUCGGAUUUUGUUGAUAUGGAUGCACCAAUAGCGGUGGGCGCUGGAGGUCCUAGUGCUGCUGAAACAACACAACCAGAGGGUGUCUCUAGCAGUAGACAACACCAACAACAACGGGAAGCUAGUGCAGGUUGGAUUGGUUGGUUACCACAUGCAGGACACACGUUGCGAUUUAUCCUCGAAUCGAUAGAUAAAGUAUAUAAUGAGGAAUAAAUACAAAAAAGGACAAACAGGAUAAAAGGCACCACAAUCGAGUUCCUCGUGGAAAAUAUACAAAUACAAAACUUUAUUCCUAAGCAUUGUGCUCUUGGGAAUUAGAAUCACCAUCAUGGACAUUUAAGUAUUUUAGUAUAUAUCCUUUAACAACUUUGGUUUGGAACACAACUUACCUAUGCGAGAGCCAACUGGAAUUUACAUUAUUUUGUUUAGGAAUAAUGCUACAAUACAACAAUACAACAUGAGAUAUAUUUAGACUUAUAGACACAUUCAUAACGUUGUUAAGGCCACGAGGAAUGAGAUAGUCUUGCAUGUUUUUAAG